AUGUCUAAUCCUCCCAUUCUGAUCAUUGGUGCGGGCAUCAGUGGCCUCGUACUAGCCCAGUAUCUUCAACGCCAUGAUAUUGCGUUCAGGAUUUUCGAUCGCGAUCCCGCAAUCGAUGCCCACAGUGGUGGAUGGGGUCUCACGCUACAUUGGUCACUCCCCGCCCUACGUGAACUACUGCCAGACCACAUUGUUGAUCGGUUCCCUGAAACAUUUGUCAACAAGGAAGCUUCGGCCCGGGGCGAUACCGGUCGCUUUCAAUUCUUUAACCUUAAGUCAGGAGAUGCAUUAUACAAUAUCCCCGCCGCCGAGCGCAUUCGCGUCAGUCGCGUUCGCUUGCGACAGUUACUGACUACCGGCGUGGAUGUGCAAUGGAACAAAAACUUUCAAAAUAUCGAGUCCACGGCUGAUGAAAUCACCGCUUACUUUGAGGAUGGCACAUCCUACACCGGGCGGCUACUGGUCGCAUGCGAUGGCUCACGGUCGCGCACACGCGAAAUCCUCUACCCAGAUGUACAGAUGAACCAGUUACCAGUGCAGCUCCUAGGUGCGUCGACACUGUAUACCGCGGAGGAGAUGGGCGGGGCCGAAACAAUCGACCCUUUCAUCUUCCAGGGCUCGCAUCCUGAGUCAAACGUGUUUUUAUUCUUCAGUUUUUUGGAUACCCCAAAUAACUUCGAGAAUAGUAGUAAGGACCGUUACCACUGUCAAAUCAUCCUCUCCUGGGCAGAUUCAAAGAAGGUCCCUGUCCCGGAUGUGAAUGCUGAGCGCAUCGCUCUGAUGAAGAAGUUGACUGAUAAUUGGUCGGAGCCAUUCCGCUCACUGGUACAUAAUCUUCCCCAGGAUGUGGAAGUCCGCUCGAUUCGCAUCGAAGACUGGAUGUUCCGCCUGGGCAAAGCGCAUGCGCAUCCUCGAGCGGUGUUGGUGGGCGAUUCGGCUCACACAAUGACUAUGUUUCGUGGAGAAGGCGCGAACAAUGCGAUCGUCGAUGUGUUGGAUCUCGUGACGCGUGUCGAUAUGCGCCAGCCAAGGUCCUUCGAUUCUGAAGCUUUGCGAUCCUCCCUCGUAGAAUACGAGAAAGAUGUCUUUGCACGAGCCGAGCCUAGCUUCCUCAACUCCAGACAGGCAUGUUUGGAUGCUAAUGACUUUUCUAAACUUGAGGGCAGUCCACUAGUUGGGCUACGGGAUUUAAAAAGGUCGAGCUGA